AUGGCGAGGGUUUUCUCCUUCCAGGCCAUGCAGGCCGGGCGGCAGUCCGUGGUUGCCAUCCUCCCAACCGGUGGAGGCAAGAGCCUGUUGUUCCAGCUGCACGCCUUCUGCUCCGGCCUUAAGACCACUAUUGUGGUGGUCCCUCUAAUCGCCCUGCAGCAUAACCUGCACGCCCGCAAUCGCGGCCUGAACCUCCGGAGCGAGAUCUGGAACGGCCAGAAGACACCGCCGGGGGACACCAUUCUUCUGGUCACCCCAGAGGCGACUGGCUCCCCAGCCUUUCUCGCCUUUGCCAACCGCCUUGCUGCGGAGCAUCGCCUCGACCGCAUCGUCAUCGAUGAGUGCCACUACCUGUUGUACGAGCCAGCCAACUUCCGACCCGCCUUCGAGUCCCUGUCUACCUUCCCUCGCCCAAAACAUGCCUUCGAAGAGGAAACACAUCAGCAACUAUCACCAGAGAGGAUGGAAAGCCCAUCCCAUCAUUUACGGGGGCUUGAGGGCAGCUCAGGCUGGCUCGAGCAGGAAGGAUUCGACGGCAUUUUGCCCAAGGAUAAAUAUCUACACCGAGAUCGUAUGGAGUUCCGACAAAACCUGAAAGAGAUCUUGGGCUCCACGUGCUGGAAAAGCGGAUCAAUUCCUCUCUCCCUUGAAACGGUCUUCCCGGUACUCUGUGGGUUUGAUCACCCCCUCGCCGGGAAAAACCACCAUGCUCUCGCGGAUGCUCAGCAGUUAGCGCUGCUGACACUCUUUUUUGUCGACCUGUGCCGGCCCGUGAAGUAG